CUAGUCAUGCAGACUGCUUCUACAAACAUUUGUGAAAGAAUGGGUCACUCUCAGGAGCUCAGUGAAUUCAAGUGUGGUAUUGUGAUAGGUUGCCACCUGUGCAAUAAGUCCAUCUGUGAAAUUUCCUUGCUUUCCAGCAACUCAGCCAUGAAGUGGUAGGUCACAUCACCAAGUGCAAUGCAAAGCGUCGGAUGCAGUGCUGUAAAGCAUACCGCCACUGGACUCUAGAGCAGUGGAGACGUUCUCUGGAGUGACCAAUCACACUUCUCUGUCUGGCAAUUUGAUGGACGUGUCUGGGUUUGGCAGUUGCCAGGAGAAUGGUACUUGCCUGACUGCAUUGUGGCAAGUGUAA